UAAAGCAGCAGAAGCUGCACCCUGGCUUGCCUGUGGCCGGAUCUUCCUUCCCCUUGCGGUGGGGAUGGUGAGCUCAGCGCAGCCUGGCUGCAGACAGCACAUGGGGACGGGGGAGUGAGUGAUGCAUGGGACAGGGGCUGGCAGCGCUGCGCUGACCCGCGUGUAGCCCUCGCGGUAGGAUUUCUGAACCCAAGGGAAGGAAGGGGAGGGCAGUGGACAUCUCCUGAUUGGCCGGCGCGCCGGGGACCCGAGUUAAAGUGCAGCAGCGCUAGGAAGAGGAGGAGGCGGCGUCGGCUCAGCUCCCUGCUCCGGCAGCCAGAGCCGGGCACAACGCUCGCAAUCAGCACCCAGGAUGGGCAGCAGAGUCACUUUCUUUGAGUCUUUUCCAAACACUCUGCUCCUGGUGUUGGGACCUGUUUGGCCCAGCUGCCACUCACUGAAACCCCUGUGCCAGGUUGCAAUCCCUGGAGCAGGGAGCCAAGCCCAGCCUCGCGGGACGGGAGUCACUGCUGCAAGGUUCUGCUCACAGGACUAUUCACCUGCAAUUACUCCAUGGAGACUACCAUAGAAGUUUGGGCCUUAAGUUAUUUUCAGCACUGACAUGACACCAUUAAAAUAAACAGAUAUUAAUGUUGGGUGCGUCACAUGUGGAAUUUUAAAGAUGAAUGUUUUACAAUAGCAUUCAAUGAACAGCAAAGAAGUGUCUAAGAAAUCAGAGACACUAAGAGGACAUCAGCAAGCUAACUUAUCAGAGAUUAAAGAAGUCAGGUGGAAAUCCUUGAUUGGAAGACAAAGCAACAGCUGUGCUUUCUGGAUAAGGUGGAACCAUGUGCCACGAUUAGUGAUAUCAGAUUGAUGUUCCAUAAAUCAUAUCCCAAGUGGUAUCCAGCAAGGCAGUCAAUAAGACUUGAUCCCAAAGGAAAAUCCUUGAGAGAUGAGGAAAUCCUGCAGCAUCUCCCAGUUGGCACAACCGCUACACUAUAUUUUAAAGAUUUAGGGCCACAAAUAGGAUGGACUAUGGUAUUUUUGACAGAAUAUGCAGGUCCAUUGUUCAUCUAUUUUCUGUUUUAUUUCCGCAUGCCUUUUGUCUAUGGGCUGGAUGACAAGAUUACAUCAAGCCCACAUCCAGUGGUUAACUUGGCAUGUAUCUGCCAUUCUUUCCACUACAUCAAAAGGUUGAUUGAAACAAUAUUUGUUCAUCGGUUCUCCCAUGGGACUAUGCCACUGAGGAAUAUUAUUAAGAACUGCUUCUAUUACUGGGGAUUUGCAGCUUGGCUUGCUUAUUACAUCAAUCAUCCUCUUUAUACACCUCCUUCCUAUGGACAAAAACAGAUAAAUUUUGCUGUGAUCAUGUUUCUGAUAUGUGAAGCUGGAAAUUUCUCUAUCCACGUUGCACUCAGUGACCUGAGAAGAGAUGGAUCCAAGAUCCGUAAGAUCCCUUAUCCAACAAAGAAUCCUUUCACAUGGCUGUUUUUCUUUGUAUCCUGUCCUAACUAUACAUAUGAGGUGGGGGCAUGGAUCAGCUUCACCAUCAUGACUCAGUGCGUCCCGGUGGGAUUGUUCACAUUUCUUUGCUUCAUUCAGAUGACAGUUUGGGCAAAGGAUAAACACUACACCUACGUACGAGAAUUCAAGGAUUAUCCAAGUCUUAGGAUGCCAAUUAUUCCUUUCUUUCUGUGAGAAGAAAGAACUGCUUGAAUACCUGAGGGGAACUACAGGAGGACAAAGCUGAUGGGCUCUUUUUAUUGAGAGGCCUGCUGGCAAAUGAGAGAAUUCAUUUAGAUAACUAAACCAGGGUGGUUCUGCUGCAUGGUAUCUCCAUUGCUGUGGGAAAUUCUAUACAAUUGGAAGCUACAUCUCCCGAAUAUUCUAAAUUUUCAGAAAGUCAUAUUGGUUGCCAUGACUUUAUUGCGUCAUUGGCAGCCAAGGGCCUUUAAGGUUCGCUAUUGGCCUAGAUCCUUUCAAUGACUGACAGUUGUAGCUUCCUGUACUGGCCUGGUUGGUUUUGUGGAUCACAACGAAGCCUUGCCACCAGUAAGCUCCAACUUGUGGAACAGCAUUCCACAGAAAUGCUGAUUGACUACGUUGGAAAGGAGACCCACCAUCGAUUUCUGGAGUCAUCAUCAGGUCAGCUGAUCCAGAGGUAGAUGUGUGUGCUGCCUUCCCUUGCUGGAG